AUGCCUGCGACUUCAAACCGAGCAAAGGCGAAGAAAUGCCAACAAGCAUGUGCUCGCAAGAAGCAACCUUGUCGUUUUCCAGCGGAGGAUACCCGUGUCUCGGUUUCGGAGCGAUACUUGCGACAACUCGAGGCCCAAUUGACAACAAGUAGUAGCACUUCUCGUCAUUCUAAUACUCUAGAUACUCGCAACCUUGCCACGUCGCCCUUUGCUGGUGAUGAUGAUGUUAUUCUAUCUCCAUCUCAUGGGCCGUCGUUCCUCUUGGAGGAUCGUACAGCAGAUCAGUGGGGAGGUAUUUCUGAUGGACUUGAGUCAACCUUCGAUGCCAAUCAAACUAGACUGAUCGGAAAUGGACAAUCAAGGGAAGAAGGCGACGUAGAGCAUGAUGGGCAUAGAUCACGAUUUUCACGGAAUCCCUUGGUAGAUAGGGAUCCGUCUUUUGCAAUGACACCAGAUGGUCGAUUCUGGUAUAUGGGGCCGACUUCCUCGUGGUCAUUUUGUCGGCGUGUCUUGGCACUUAUAGGAAGACGUGUCCCUGAAGCUAAUUGCCCGCCGGAUCCUUGGCAUCUAGAUGGAAUGGCAGUUAAAUUGCAAUGGAGACCAGUGCCUGCGGAUGAAGUGCCCGACGUCACGAAUCUGCCACCUUUGGAUUAUGCACUCUUUCUAUUCAGCACAGUCAAGUUUUACUUCGGCUUUUUAUCUUUCAUGAUCGACGAAGAAUCGUAUUUGCGACAUCUGUACGAGUUCUACGAAAAUCCAUCAAGCAAAGCCGCUUCGUCAAGAUACUGGUAUGCCCAAUAUCUUCUUGUUCUUGCCUUUGGGAAGGCAUUCCUUACCGCUAGAAAUCCUUCUGGUACACCACCUGGACACCAAUAUGCAUCAAGAGCAAUGUCUCUUCUUCCCGAUCUCUCUGGGAUGCAUGAAGAUCCUCUUACGUGCAUUCAGGCAUUGAGCUUAGGUGCAGUUUAUCUACAAUCCAUUGAUAUGAGACGUGCGGCAUUCCAGCAUAUAGGCCAAGCGUUACGUGGCUGUAUAAUUGAGGGAAUUCACCGCCACGUACCAGAGGAAUUGUGCGGACCAGAACUGUCUAGCCGGUGCAGAACGAUAUUCUGGGUAGUUUAUAUGCUCGAUCGUGAAUUUUCAGCUCUAAUAGGUGCCCCUAGCUCUAUUAGAGAUGAAGAUAUCUCUGUGAGGCUACCUGCAGAGAUGGAAAAUUCUGUCGAGCACAGUAACCUGACACUGCAUGUGCGACUUUCGCGAUUGAUGGCUCAGACUUUGACUACUGUAUAUGGAGUUGGCGAUGAGUUUAAUGGAACAUUAAUACGAAACACCCAGUCAAUUCUCCACAGCAUGGCGGAGCUUUCGCACGACUUGACAGCUUUCUUGAAUCAAAACUUUCACGGACUAAUCAGCAGAGCUUCAAAAAUGGCAAUCCGUCUUAUGUUGGCACAUCAUCAUUGCGUUGUGCUCACAACACGUCCGCUGGUCAUGUGUGCUCUUCAUAUGCAUAUUGAAAAGACGGAGAGAAAGACCUCAAAGACGCUUUCGCUAUCUCCUCCCGUUGCGUCCCUUUUACAGUGCUGUGCCGACUCUGCUCAGACUAUUCUGCAAACUCUUCAAACUUUGGCAGAUGACGAUUUAAUGGAUGCGUUUUUACCAUUUCAAAUUGAGGAUGCAUCUUCAUCUGCGUUUGUUUUAUACUUGAUUCGCGCCAUUGCACCAACACUCAUUCAUAGUAGUACCUGGUGUGACCACCUGGAAUGUGUUUUGGAUAAACUGAUUUCGAAGGGAAAUCCAGCUGCCCCGCUCCGAAGACAGGAGCUCCGACAACUUGAACAAAUAUUGGCACCAUUGACACCCAAAUCUAAUCCAACCCCUUUGCCAUCAAUUAAUGUCAACUCGGCCGCACAGGAUGACAGUGAAUUUCACGAUCUGGAUAAUGUUGAUGUGGAGGAGGCAUUUGAAUGGGACCUUCUAGGGCUGAAUUCCUCGGUCAGUCUUCCACCACAGGAGCUAUUGGAUCUUGCCGAUCAAUUGGAUGUCGAAAGCAUAAUGCAGUCUGUCGGUGGAGCCGUUGGAUAG